CAGAAACCAUUCUCUGUGAUGCUGGUCGUUCAUGACAGCGGAGCUGGAUAUAGCUAAUCAGGUGCUGCUGUGGUUGCAACUUCCAACAUGACCAAUCCUCAGCCUCCUAUAGAUGGUGGAGUUUCAGAAGUGGAAAUAAUUUCGCAGCAAGUAGAAGAAGAGACCAAAAGCAUAGCGCCUGUGCAGCUUGUUAAUUUUGCUUACCGGGAUUUGCCACUAGCUGCAGUAGAUCUGUCCAUAGCAGGUUCUCAGCUCUUGUCAAAUUUGGACGAGGAGUACCAAAGAGAAGGAUCUAACUGGCUUAAACCUUGCUGCGGGAGGCGAGCGGCUGUCUGGCAGGUAUUUUUGCUCAGUGCGAGUCUCAACAGUUUCCUGGUAGCCUGUGUAGUAUUGGUGGUGAUUCUGCUGACUCUGGAACUCCUAAUAGAUAUAAAGCUCCUCCAGUUUUCGAGCGCAUCUCAGUUUGCUGGAGUUAUUCACUGGAUCAGUCUAGUUAUCCUCUCUGUAUUCUUUUCAGAGACUAUUUUGAGAAUUGUGGUUCUCGGUAUAUGGGACUAUAUUGAAAACAAAAUAGAGGUAUUUGAUGGUGCUGUGAUCAUCUUAUCCUUGGCUCCGAUGGUGGCUUCUACUGUGGCUAAUGGCCCAAGCAGCCCAUGGGAUGCCAUAAGCCUUAUCAUCACUCUGAGAAUUUGGAGAGUCAAGAGAAUCAUUGAUGCUUAUGUACUGCCAGUAAAAGUGGAGAUGGAAAUGGUGAUUCAACAAUAUGAGAAGGCGAAAGUCAUCCAAGACGAGCAGCUGGAAAGACUAACUCAGAUCUGCCAAGAACAAGGGUUUGAAAUCAGGCAGCUGAGAGCUCACCUGGCUCAGCAAGAUCUGGACCUGGCCGCGGAGAGGGAAGCUGCCUUGCAGGUGCCUCAUAUGCUGAACAAGCAGAGCAGCAACAGGUACAAAGUGGUGGCUGUUGCAGGGGAUUCCGACGACGACGAGACGACCGAGAACAUCACCGAACUGCGACCGCCUCGAGAAGCUAUGGUCAAAGACGACAUGAACAACUACAUCAGUCAAUACUACCACGAGCCCAGCAGUGACAGCGGCGUCCCCGAACCAGCCGUCUGUGUGAUCACCACCGCGGCCAUCGAUGUGCACCAGCCCAACAUCUCCUCGGACCUCUUCACAGUGGAAGUGCCGAUGAAGAUCGUUGGAAGCAACGGGACUUCCACCAGCGUCACCUCCGGCAGUGCCUCCAGGUCCACAGACAGCUCCGUCACCAGAGCGCAGAGUGACAGCAGCCAGACGUUCGGCUCUUCUACCGACUGCAGCACCACCCGAGAAGAGUCGUCCGAGUACUGCCCCCUGGAGAGGGCCCGCAAUGAAGCGAAGCGCAACCAGGUGGAUUCUUCCACCCACCGGGUGAACAGCACUGUGGUUCAGGAACUGCUGUCGUCUCUGUCCGAAGAUUCUUGCUUGACACAAAAAGGACUGGACCCAGUCAAUCUCAAACUGCCCAGUCCAGCUGGGUCUCCCAAAGCCAGCCCUGAACUGGAACACCGCAUGAAUAUUUACAACAAGAAGAACCAAGAAAGCUUCGGGGUCUUUCAGAUAAAGCCAGUGAUUCACUUCCAACAAAGCGCCCCAGUCAUUGAUGACAAGUACACGUCUUUGGAAUCCAAAGAGCAAAAACUAAACAGGAUCCCAGAUUCAUAGUCCUUUUGCCACGAAAAGGGGGGGAGGGGGGAGAUGUUUCUUAAGGGGGACACUCUAAAGCUCUUAAGGGGCCCUCUGAACCAUCCUUGGGUGGGUAUCUUGCGUGGAUUGGAACCAGUCGAGUAAUCAUUUUUUUUUAAAAAAUGCAUGAGUUGUGAGAGCUAGCACGAGAAAAAAAAAGAAGAAACAGAACUUGACAUUUCUGAAGUCCUUGGGCUUCAUCCCUGUCCGAGGUGGCAGGGGGAACCACUCGGUUAAGAAGAAGAAGACUGCAGAUUUAUACCCCGCCCUUCUCUCUGAAUCAGAGACUCAGAGCGGCUUACAAUCUCCUAUAUCUUCUCCCCUCACAACAGACACCCUGUGAGGUGGGUGGGGCUGAGAGAGCUCUCCCAGAAGCUGCCCUUUCAAGGACAACUCCUGCGAGAGCUAUGGCUGACCCAAGGCCAUUCCAGCAGCUGCAAGUGGAGGAGCAGGGAAUCAAACCCGUUUCUCCCAGAUAAGAUUCCGCACACUUAACCACUACACCAAACUGGCUCUCAGUGAUGACCUCAAAGAUGUAUAGAUUCUUAACGUGUUUUUUAAAAGACAAAACUCAUACACCGAAUCCCACAAUUUUUAUGGAACUCUGGACAAUCUUCUAUCAGGUGAGGUUUCAGCAGGGUACAAUACAAGCAGAUAUAUACUACUCUCCUUCUACGAUUUCUUACGGUUUUUCCUUUGUACAUGACGGCUUAACAAAAA